GAGCCCCUGGAACAUCAUGAUCAAGCACCGGCAGGUGCAGCGGCGCGGGCGGCGCUCGCAGAUGACCACCAGCUUCACAGAUCCCAUGGUCUCCAUGGACUUGCUGCGAGCUGUUCUACAACCGAGCAUCAAUGAGGAGAUCCAGAACGUCUUCAACAAGUACAUGAAGUUCUUCCAGAAAGCAGCGAGCAAUGUGCGAGAGAACGUGGGGGAGGAUGUGGACUCAGAGCAGCUGAUCCAGGAGACAUGUCGGAACUGCCUGGAACAGGCCAAGCUGCUGUUUUCUGAUGGCAAGAAGGUGAUCCCCAGGUUGACCCACGAGCAGCCGGCACCCAAGCGUGCCCGGCAGGUGGAGGAGGAGUCCAGUCGGCGAGGAAGCCCCGUUCCCAAGAAGAGAAAGGGGCGGCCUCCUGGACAGAGCCUGUUGAACGACCGUGGGACCGCGGGCAUGGCCACGUGGAAGCUCAAAUCCUCAGAGCUGCUGCGGCGCGACGGGCCAAAGUGGGAUCCUUCCCGGCUGACUGAGACCACGACUUUUGUGCUGGGAUCUCGAGCAAACAAAGCUCUGGGGAUGGGAGGAACCAGAGGGCGGCUCUACAUCAAACACCCGCACCUCUUCAAGUACGCGGCCGACCCCGAGGACAAGCACUGGCUGGCGGAGCAUCAGCACAUGAGGGCCACCGGGGGCAAGAUGGCCUAUCUCCUGCUGGAGGAGGAUAUUCGGGACCUGGCUGCCAGCAGCGAUUACAGGUGAGGCAGGAGCCGCGGCUUCUCGUGAGCCAGAAGCUCCUUCCCUUCCUUGUACUUAUUCUUUUAGACCCG